GGGGAGGAGCCCCAAAGGGGGAAAAGAAAGUGCGGCGGAAAGUAAGAGGCUCACUGGGAAAGACUGCCGGGAUCCAGGUCUCCGGGGUCCGCUUUGGCCAGAGGCGCGGAAGGAAGCAGUGCCCGGCGACACUGCACCCAUCCCGGCUGCUUUUGCUGCGCCCUCUCAGCUUCCCAAGAAAGAAAACACAGUGAAGGAUGAUGCUGAAGUGCCCGUUUGCAUAUAUUGACAGCAAGACCGGUGUCAAGUGUCAUAAAUAAAUUGCCAGAGAGAAAGUAGGACGUUUCCAUUGAAGUGGGCAGCUGCAAUGAGCUUCGAUCUCAAGAUUUCUAAAAGCAUUGAGGAAUUUACAUCACUUCAACUAUUAUUUUCUGUUGAACAUGAGAACAGGAUGACACUUCUGUGGUGUUUAGUGAGUCUCUACUUUUAUGGAAUCCUGCAAAGUGAUGCCUCAGAACGCUGCGAUGACUGGGGACUAGAUACCAUGAGGCAAAUCCAAGUGUUUGAAGAUGAGCCAGCUCGCAUCAAGUGCCCACUCUUUGAACACUUCUUGAAAUUCAACUACAGCACAGCCCAUUCAGCUGGCCUUACUCUUAUCUGGUAUUGGACUAGGCAGGACCGGGACCUUGAGGAGCCAAUUAACUUCCGCCUCCCUGAGAACCGCAUUAGUAAGGAGAAAGAUGUGCUGUGGUUCCGGCCCACUCUCCUCAAUGACACUGGCAACUAUACCUGCAUGUUAAGGAACACUACAUAUUGCAGCAAAGUUGCAUUUCCCUUGGAAGUUGUUCAAAAAGACAGCUGUUUCAAUUCCCCCAUGAAACUCCCAGUGCAUAAACUGUAUAUAGAAUAUGGCAUUCAGAAGAUCACUUGUCCAAAUGUAGAUGGAUAUUUUCCUUCCAGUGUCAAACCGACUAUCACUUGGUAUAUGGGCUGUUACAAAAUACAGAAUUUUAAUAAUGUAAUACCCGAAGGUAUGAACUUGAGUUUCCUCAUUGCCUUAAUUUCAAAUAAUGGAAAUUACACAUGUGUUGUUACAUAUCCAGAAAAUGGACGUACGUUUCAUCUCACCAGGACUCUGACUGUAAAGGUAGUAGGCUCUCCAAAAAAUGCAGUGCCCCCUGUGAUCCAUUCACCUAAUGAUCACGUGGUCUAUGAGAAAGAACCAGGAGAGGAGCUACUCAUUCCCUGUACGGUCUAUUUUAGUUUUCUGAUGGAUUCUCGCAAUGAGGUUUGGUGGACCAUUGAUGGAAAAAAACCUGAUGACAUCACUAUUGAUGUCACCAUUAACGAAAGUAUAAGUCAUAGUAGAACAGAAGAUGAAACAAGAACUCAGAUUUUGAGCAUCAAGAAAGUUACCUCUGAGGAUCUCAAGCGCAGCUAUGUCUGUCAUGCUAGAAGUGCCAAAGGUGAAGUUGCCAAAGCAGCCAAGGUGAAGCAGAAAGUGCCAGCUCCAAGAUACACAGUGGAACUGGCUUGUGGUUUUGGAGCCACAGUCCUGCUAGUGGUGAUUCUCAUUGUUGUUUACCAUGUUUACUGGCUAGAGAUGGUCCUAUUUUACCGGGCUCAUUUUGGAACAGAUGAAACCAUUUUAGAUGGGAAAGAGUAUGAUAUUUAUGUAUCCUAUGCAAGGAAUGCUGAAGAAGAAGAAUUUGUAUUACUGACCCUCCGUGGAGUUUUGGAGAAUGAAUUUGGAUACAAGCUGUGCAUCUUUGACCGAGACAGUCUGCCUGGGGGAAAUACAGUGGAAGCAGUUUUUGAUUUCAUUCAGAGAAGCAGAAGGAUGAUUGUUGUUCUGAGCCCUGACUAUGUGACAGAAAAGAGCAUCAGCAUGCUGGAGUUUAAACUGGGUGUCAUGUGCCAGAACUCCAUUGCCACCAAGCUCAUUGUGGUUGAGUACCGUCCCCUUGAGCACCCGCACCCAGGCAUUCUUCAGCUCAAGGAGUCUGUGUCUUUCGUGAGCUGGAAGGGAGAAAAGUCCAAGCAUUCUGGCUCUAAAUUCUGGAAAGCUUUGCGGUUGGCUCUUCCCCUGAGAAGUCUGAGUGCCAGUUCUGGCUGGAAUGAGAGCUGCUCUUCCCAGUCUGACAUCAGUCUGGAUCACGUUCAAAGGAGGAGAAGUCGUUUGAAAGAGCCCCCAGAACUUCAGAGCUCAGAGAGGGCUGCAGGUAGCCCUCCAGCCCCAGGCACAAUGUCCAAGCACCGAGGGAAGUCCUCCGCCACCUGCCGCUGUUGUGUCACCUACUGUGAAGGAGAGAAUCACCUUAGGAACAAGAGCCGGGCAGAGAUUCAUAACCAGCCCCAGUGGGAGACACACCUCUGUAAGCCUGUUCCCCAAGAGUCAGAAACUCAAUGGAUACAAAAUGGCACCAGAUUGGAACCCCCUGCUCCCCAGAUCUCAGCCCUUGCUCUUCAUCAUUUCACGGACUUAUCCAAUAACAAUGACUUUUAUAUCCUAUAAUUACUGUGUGUGGUGGGUGGUGGCUACUAUCUCUACCAACCCUCUGUAUGUCAUGAACCUGUGGGAAAAUCUGACAUUUUUAUCAUCUAAUGGACUAUCAGAUUUCUGUCCCCUUUAUUGAUUUUUAAAAACUAUUUAUUUCUAGGAGACAAAAGACCUGAAGGACCUGAAUCCAGAAUUAUUGCCUCUAACGGCCUCAGAAGAGCACACUCUUCUUGGGCCCUAGAAGGUCAGUAUGUGAAAGUUGCCUAAAGUCUGAUCCUCUAUCUUGUCCAAUGGUUUAAAACUGAGCUAAGAAUUUAAAUGUGUUUCUUUUCAGUGAGUUGAUCAACCUCACAUUAUAAGUCAGUCAGGUGUACUUGGGCUAUGAUGCUUACAGGGUGUAUGCAUUCCCAGGGAGCAGCAUGGAAAGGAGCUGGUUCUGGUGGAAGCUGUAGGACGAAGCUCAACAGAAAACCUACAGCACAUUUUUCCUCAAAGAACCAAACAUACCCACCCAGGGAUACAUGGCGUUCUCUGUCUCACUGUAAACUAGUGUUCUCUAAACUGCCUAACAUUGUUAGCAUCAAUAAAAUUCUAUUUUUACGUCAUUUUAUUUGUACUAACAACUUUUUACAUCUCUCUCACCCUUCUACUUCCUAUUAUUGUUGUAUUCUGAUCUGGAGAGUAUUCCAUUUCAGAAAAUUGAGAUUUGGUUUAGGUACCAGAAAAACUAAGAUGCCUUUUUUGUUUCUCUCUGAUAUGUAAUGGGAGAGAUGUGGAAAAUAACCAAAAGAGAGGGAGAAUGUGACUUAAAUGAAAUGGAAGUUUACAAGAAUCUCAUAUUUUUAGAACUGACAGAUGAAAAAUUCCGUAUUGUAAGUGAUGUAGCGUAGAAAUAGGUGCCUUCGUCCCAUUCAGGCUUCUGAGAAGGGAUAAUAAAUUCAAGUGCCUACAAGGAUCAGAAGGUAAGAGAAAAGAGAAAAUGUGGCCAGAUACCAGCCUAUUUUACAUGCUCUCCAUCUAGAACUGAUGUGAAUAGGGACAUAGGCACAGAUAGUUAUUUCUUCUCUGUAAACAUUUUCAUAAACUCAUAUAAGGCACAUGGCAUUUGAUUUCCAAGUCAGGUAGAUCACUGGCCCUCUAAGCAACUGAAGAACACAUAUUUCUUAAAAAGGGUCAGCUUCAGGCCGGGUGUGGUGGCUCAUGCCUAUAAUCCCAGCACUUUGGGAAGUCAAGAUUGGUGGAUCAACUGAGGUCAGUUGUUCAAGAGCAGCCUGGCCAACAUUGUGAAACCCCAUCUCUACAAAAAUACAAAAUUAGCCAGGUAUGGUGGUGGGCACCUGUAAUCCCAGCUACUCAGGAGGCUGAGGCAGGAGAAACUCUUGAACCUAGGAGGUGGAGGUUGCAGUGAGCCGAGAUCGUGCCACUGCCCUCCAGCCUUGGUGACACAGCAAGACUCCUUCUUAAAAAAAAAAAAAAAAUGAGUAGCUUCUACUCAGUUCCAUUUGAUUUUUGUCACUAAUUGAGCCCCAAUGUUGCCAUAUUGUCCAUUUUUUUCUAAAGGAUCUAAAAAAUUCAGAUUUUUAUAUAUAAUGUCAAUUAUGGGAUGGCUUAAAGUUAAGAAGGAAAAAACAAAGAGCCAAACAAAUUAUAUCUGUGGGACAUAGUUAGCCUGAGGGCAACUAGUUUGUAAUUUCAUAACUAAAGUGUUCAGCCAAAGAACAUAUCUCCAAAUGGAAUUUAAGUGUCCCUGAUAAUACCAGAACUGGAAGACACAGGUUGGCUCUAAGGACAUAGUGGAGCAUGUUUAUUCUCUCCUCAAAUUGAAGACAUCUGGGCUGUUACAAUUGAGCUGAUCUGACCUAACCCUCCAUUAGAAAAGAAAAAUCUGGAAAAUUGGGUGCCUUCCAUUUACUCUUUAGAGGUUUCUUGCCUGUUUACUGUCAGAAAAUAAGAAGAACGAAGUCUGCUACUCCUGAACAUGAGCAGAAUCAAAAAAGCAAGAGACCACAUCUUACAUGAGAAGUCACCUUUAAUACAUUAGCUGUGGCUGUUAGUGAGUUGUGGCCCAAUGAGUGUCAGUGACUCCCAGUCAGUAACAGUGAAUGGGCAGUGGAGAAAGAAAGAAAGCAGUUUCAUCUCACUACCCCUCUUGAAAAUGUUCUCAGAAGAUCCUUUCUUUGUUGAAACAAACAAACAAACAAAAAACUAGAAGAUUCCUACUCCAAAGAUGGGGGAACGAGGGUCCUCUAGAGUAAAUGUGAACUCACAAUGAAACUUGUAAUUAGAAAAUGACAGGCCACCCUAACUAAAUCUCCAGUAGAAAAUGACUUAACACAACCCAAAGGCCUUGUCCUCUAUUAUAUCCCUUCUUGAAAAGAAUAAUCCAUCUUUGAUGUAUAUUCAAGGACCUUCAGUUGGAAGACAGACAGCAGUUUCUCUCCAAAUCUAUUAAUAAUGGGUAAUGUAAGUGGCUCCGAAGCUCAAGGAGGGAGAAGAUUCUCUGACCCACUAUCAGUGUUAUUCCUUAUUAACACAGCAUCUCAAAUUGCAAAAUAUCUUUGGAAAAAAAUGAGAAAUUAAAUUUUUCAUUUAUACAUUAUUUUCUGUUUUAGUGAAGACAAAGAAAUGAAAGAACUAUUGGCAGAGUCAUGGAAAAUUAAAUAUGAGCUCAUAUUAUAUGAGUAGCUAGAUAAUUUUGGUGCUCUCAAAACUACAUUUUGGCAAGUAUCAAUUUCCUUGGACAAUAUAAGUGUAGUGGAAGCAGUAAAAGUCUUAGUUUUCAGUAUUAGUUAUACAGGGGUCAGAAAGAUAAUAGACUAUACUUCUACUGUAUGGAGAAAGGAUCAGAGGUUAUAUUAUUAUUUCUUGACCUGACAUGCCAAAUUGAAUGUGAUGUUCAGUACCAUACAUUUCAAUGAAGCAAAUUAUAAUAAGAAAGAAAUUUUUUUGUGGGCCAUGCAUAUCUAUAAUAGAAAUAACAGGAUUGUAGGGUAAAUGGAUAUAUCAUUGCAUAAGAAAUAUUAUCUACUUAGUCGCAUGAGUUUUAAAUCAAAUAGAGAUGGAUGUGAGUCCUACUUCUCUCCUAUAUGUUUGAACAUGGUCUCUCUGAGCCUCAGUUUCCUACUAGCUAAAAUAAAGAUACUAUUAUCAACCUCAUUGGAUGUUGAUGGCAUUAAAUGAUAUAUUAUACAUUUAUUUCAUAUGCCUCACCUUUUUUAAACUCUUAUAAAAUGUCCAAAAGCAGUAUAGAACAGGAACAUAUUAUCCAGGUUAAGUGACUUUCCUAGUGACACUCAGCCAAUUAUCAAUAGGGUUGAGUCUCCAACCCAGACUCUGACACUUGAUCCACUGCCAAUUCUAGAACCAUCCAUGUAAGAUUGAAGGGGAAGUAAUUCUAUUACAAAGCUACCUCAAUGGAAUUAUUUAAUCUGGGCCAUAAAACAUUCAAGUAAAAAAAGUAGUUAAUGUAAACCCACACACAGCUAAUUAAAUGUUAUAUUAAGGGUCUGAUAUGUCAUCUGACCUUGUCAUAUUAUUAUUUUACAUGGCUUAAUUUUAAAAUAUUAUAAACUUUCUUAAAGCAUUUAAAAGAAUUUUUUAAUGUCCUCUAGACUCUAUGAUAAUGCUAUAUUUUUUGCCUUCAAAAUAAAUUAUUUGAAUUUUUCUUGGUGGAAAAUAAAAAUAUAUUCACCAUUUACCUUGAAAAACAAAUUUUCUUUGGCAGCUCGAUAAAAACUGAAUUUCAGAGUUACCUUCUCCUAUAACUAUUAAGAACUCUAGCAACAAUGUAUUCACUCCCAGAUUGAAGAUUUGAAGUGGCUGGGAAAACUAAUGUUUUGGUUCAGAAAAAGUCAUGAAUAAUAAAUUGAACUAAUCAUAAAGAUAUGCACAGAAGGAUAAGCAAUUUAUAUGGCAUUGGUUUAAAACUUUCGUGCAUCUAACUUUCGUGCAUGUAACUUGAGGGACACGUUACAGUGAAGGUCCCAGGGCAGGCCCUUCCCCAGAGAGACCAAUUCAUUAGGUGCUGGACAUUGCCUAGAAGUCUGUAUUUUUAUAUUGUGUCCUUGAUAAUUAAAUAGAGCAUUUCAUAGGUCAAUGUUGGAAAACUGCUACCUAUGAGAACUCUUUCAAACUCUUUCCAUAUUUUCUGUAUUAUUGCUCAGGUUGUAAGGGAAAAGAGCCGCAAUUAGGAGCUUGCCCAAGCCUUCUUGAUACGUAUUCCUUAAUGUAUCCACAUUGGAACCAUUUGGGGCUCAUAUUAAGAUGCAUGUUAUUUGACUCCAUCCAAGAUUAACUAAAUGAGGAUCCCUGACGUAGGGCGGAUCUGCACGUGGAAUAACUUUCCCAGGUGAUUCUAAUGCACACAAGAAAACACGAACCAUUAAUUUGUAUCUCUCUUUAACUCCUCUUUUACCCUUGUAGGCUCUGAUUUUCUCCAGCCAAGGACUACAAAUCAUCCUCUUAACAAGGUGUUUGCAGGCAAUAGAUGAAAACAUAGGGCAUGUUUAGCCCUCGAAGUUGCCUCAGCACAAGGAAACAGUUGAAUAGAUGAUUAGUAGAAUGUAUUUAUAAUAUAUGAAAUAUCAAUCAGUGAUAUUUGGAACCUGGUGGGAUUGCUGUAGUCAUCAUAUGUAUUAAUCAGAAUAAGAUAUGCUAUGCCAUGCUAACAAAGAACCCCAAUAUUUCAGUAGCUUCAUAUAACAAGACUUAUUUCUUGUUUAUGCUACAUGUCCAGCAUAGGAGCUUACAUAUUUUUUUUUUUUUUUUUGAGACGGAGUCUCACUCUGUUGCCAGGCUGGAGUGCAGUGGCGUGAUCUUACCUCACUGCAACCUCCACCUCUCGGGUUCAAGUGAUCCUCCUGCCUCAGCCUCCCGAGUAGCUGGGACUACAGGUGUGCAUCACCACACCCAGAUAAUUUUUUGUAUUUUUAGUAAAGACAGGGUUUCACCACGUUGGCCAGGAUGGUCUCGAUCUCUUAACCUCAUGAUCUGCCUGCCUCAGCCUCCCAAAGUGCUGGGAUUACAGGCGUGAGCCACUGCACCCGUCCCAGAGCUUACUUUUUUUAUGCUUUGCCAUCUGAAAUGUGUGGCUUCCUGUUGUGCUAUGCUUUAGCUGAAAUGUGACACUCAUUACUUUCACUUACAAUUCAUUAGCCAGAACUAGCUCUGAGGUCCUGCUGUAAUCAUAAAAAAGGAGAGAAAAUAUAGUCUUCCUAUGUCUCGAAAGAGAAAAAUGAAAUGAACUUGGUGAACACAUACCACCAUCUUUGUCUACAAAUGUGAUGAGAAUAACAUAUUAUGGAAGCCUGAAGAGGUAAGAAAUCUUCAAACUGAGAUAUGUCACAUACUUUGCUAAUGAAAAAAACAAAAGGACUUUGCUACCAGUACUCCACCUCAGUUUGCCAAAGUAUCAAGAUAAAACAGCAUGCAGAAAAGUACACCUUGUUUGUAAGUGUUCCCCAAAGAAAAGUUGUUGAAAGAAUGCAUAAUAAUCAUAGCUUCUGGCUAAGAGAAAGCAUGCUUAAAAAUUUGAAAGUUACUGUAUUUGGUUACCUUCCAUUCAGUAGCUUUAGUUAGUUCCCUAAGAAUGUGAUGCUUAAACUAUCUGUAAAUGAGCCAUUUCAUUUUGGAUAUCAAAGGAGACUCAGAAGAAGUGAGGACAUCUAGAACACAGCAGAGCAUGUAACACAGUCAUUAGAAAGCAUCCCUUGAUCCAUCUCUCUGAAGAGCUAAACAGGGGAUUCAAAAUGAACAUGCUAAAGCUCAAGUGAAGGAAGAGACAAAAACUGGUGUAUUAUGAAGUGUGUGCAUCUGCUCUCUCUACAUUUGGAUUCUCUGCUUGUAUUAAAGAUUUGAAUUUUUAUAUGACUUCUCUAAUGUGUAUGGAAUCAUUCGAUCAUGAAGAAAGGCUCUCUUUGGUUUGGCAAAGAUUUGUGCUUAAUAAGUCUUGGUCUAUGUUACUAAGUUGUAAUGCUGAACAAAAAAACGAUUAUUUCUUAGUGUAGCAAGGAGAUUACUGACACAUUCAAAAUCCCUUAGAAAAUAAUUCACAAAGUUUUUCUCUUGAACAGUUUAAUCAUUUCAAAAUAUUUAAAUGAAAAAAAUGACUCUUUGAAAUGAGCUUAUUGGAAGAAAGAAGAAAGAUUCAAACUAAACUUUGAAAUCAGAUCAUGAGCUGUUUUUAACUUAACUCACCCAGGUAAUGGGAAUUUUAAUACUUCAUUGCUUUAUUUUUUUAAAAAGAAAAAAAUCUAAUGUAUAUUUAAGACUCAAAGACAUAUAUAACUUAUUAAUUUUCUAUUGUCAAAAACUGUGUCAUAUGCUUGCAAUUAAUUUAGCAUUUGGCGUUGUGUUUUGAAGUAACUUGGGCAAGUGGUUCUUAACUAGAAUUUAAUUUCAUCUUUUAAAAAAUUACACAUACCUCGGGUCCAUCUCAGUCUACUAAAUCUCCCAUAUUGAUCUAGAUAUGUGCUCUGAUAUAGGAUAACUGUCUUAAGUUUGCAUAUGUUUCAAUGAGAAAUAAAUGAUGUUAUAUUAUAAAUAUAUAUUUAAAAGGCAAAAGAACUCCUAAUAUUGUAAAUAAUCCUUUUCUUAAUAUUCAAAACUUAAAACUCAUUGCCAGAUACUGGAAUUAAAUCAUUUAUUUUCAUAUCUUAUUAUGAAAUUACAUAAAAUAUGAGAACACAAAAUAAAGAUAAUAAAAUGAGAGAAAUAAUCAGUGUAGUGACUGAAUUGGAUAGCCAAAGGAGGCCAUAACUCCAGUAUGUAUGACAUCCAUAUCGUCAGUUAUCUUAAACAAGACAAAGUGUUUAUGAUGAAAUGGUUUUGGGCAAAGACAAAUGACUUAUAAGAACAACCAAAAGAGAAAAGGGGUCGGGCUCGGUGGCUCACGCCUGUAAUCCCAGCACUUUGGGAGGUCAAGGCAGGUGGAUCAACUGAGGUCAGGAGCUCGAGACCAGGCUGGCCAACAUGGUGAAACCCUAUCUCUACCAAAAAUACAAAAAUUAGCUGGGUGUGGUGGUGGGUGCCUGUAAUCCCAGCUACUUGGGAGGCUGAGGCAGGAGAAUCGCUUGAACCUGGGGGGCAGAGGUUGCACUGAGCCAAGAUCGCGCCACUGCACACCUGGGCGACAAGAGCGAAACUCCAUUUCAAAAAAAAAAAAAAAAAAGGGAAAAUAGAAAAAUGUUUUUCACUCAUUUACAAAUAUCAGUAAUGUAACGGGGCAGCGAGAUGUGUAAAAACUUUCUAAUAUCAGGCCAUUAUAGCUAUAAUGUGCAGUGAGU